AAGGUCCAGAUUGGAAACCCUCAUUGUAAUUCCAUGUAUAAAUUGAGUACUACUGCCUUUUUCAGACGACUCAACAUUCAUUCACACAAGCUAGCUUCUUCCUGCUUACUUCAAGAUCAUCAGCAAUGGCUAGCAGUACUACUCUCAUUCGUCUACUCGUAAUCUUGCUAGGGUUUUCUCACCUCAUCUGCUUCAAUGCUGUCCCAGUUACAAGAAUCGGAGGCCUAAAGCAUAUCGGACCUGAAGUUCAUCAAACCGUUGCAGAAAAUAACAAACUGAUAACCACAGAAAUGAAAUUUUAUGAAAGAAUGGAUGUGGAGCUUAAUGACUACCCGGGAUCAGGGGCCAACAACCGGCACACUCCGAAGCCUCAAUAUGGGAGAUGCGUUGAUUGCUAAAGAAGAAUAUUUCUUGAUCCAAGUAUUGAAUUAUAUGCAUCUCGAUUAGAUUUCUCUCUUGCAUGAUCACUGAUUUAAGUUUAUUAUUGGGGCUGAAAUUAAAGGGGAAUGACUGUAACAGUAGGAGUAGAUGCAUUAGGUGAAAUUUGGAUUAAUCCAUAUUUCCAUUUAUAUAUAUAUAAUAUGUACCAAGAGGAGUAUGGAUGUUUAGAGUAGUAUUAAAGUAUGGAUAUCAGUACUGAAAUGAAUGUGAAAGAGCUAGCUUGUAUCUAUAUAUCUAGUUGAUAAACUGGCCGGACAGUUCUUUUACAAUUUUUACAUGUUGCUUUCAGUC